CUCAACAUUUAUCCCUAAUAACAAAUAUUUAUAACAAUAUUAACCAUAGGCCCAUAGCAAGUUUCUAUCAACAUCAUCAUGUCCCCACCUUUCUACAUAACAACUAAAUUCCAACCCCCAUCAAGGUGAAGAGAAAAUAGAUGUGAGCAGAUGAACAUUCUCAAGCAUGUAGGCAAAAAAGGUGGUAGCCUUUUUGGUUGAGGAUAUUGUGGCCAAAAUACAGGGUUGAAGAUGAGGGAAAUGGUCCAUACAUGCUACCAAUAGCUGUUGACUUCUGUAAUGCCUUCAACCAGAAAGUCACUCUUAUUUCUAUUCCAAGCAUCUCUAGCUAUAGAUGGCUUCUCAGAAAAAAGAAAUCACGAACUUGUACGGAAGAUGAAGAACGAACGAAUAAUUGUUUGGUUUACAAACUUGUCGCGGUGUAUGUGUCAUCCUAACAAAAGAUCAGAAACAGGAAGCAGUAGCCCAAUACAGCAGAAAGAGCAUGUCUGCAUCAGCAUGAACUCAUCCUGGUGUCAUCUUUUACUAAAAAGUUUAAAGCUUUACUUCCAGCUGGGUUAUCAAAAUUGUCAACGUUAAUACCAUGACAUAGGAGAGUUAGAUGGGGCAACUGCAUUGAAUCAGUGGAAUCAUAAGACCAAAUGAAGAACGCAGGUUGCCAGCUGACGUUGUUCUGCCAUCAGGGUGCCACCUUUCGCACGUCUGAUGGGAAAAACCUCAUGAGGAAGCUUGACAGAGACCAAAUGCAGAUGACUCCAAGGAAUUGCAGAACAUUCAAAAGUGUCCCAAGGGAGCUGCUUAUCUCCAAGUUAUGUGUGGUCAUCUCGGCCGCUUUCACUGUGUAUGAGAGAGCAGUCACCAGUUGGGCCGCCCUAUUCAGUUGAUGCAGUCGAUAAAGCUGACAAUAAGAAGGAUAUAUGGUUACUAGCCAAACGGACUGAAGUUCCACUAAGUGACAGACAAGUAUGUGACAAUGCAGCUGCUCAAAGACAACAGAAGUCCUAAAAAUGGAGCACCAGAAAUUGGCGCAGCUAUCCUUACCUGAAAAAUUAUAGGAAUCACUGGCCAGGAAGGCGACUUUCGAGAUCUAGCAUACUGUUCGAAUGCAAACUGGACAACAAUGCCAACUAAAUAUGGUGCGAGAGUGGCAGAAGCAGCAGGACCAGUCCACGGCCAGACCAAACCCAUGGUCACCAUAGGAACUAUAAGACUCAGAACCAACGUAGCAACAGAGGAUAUUCUGUGGGCCAGCUGAGGAGGAGAGACUGUGGUUUGAUUGCUUGGAUGGGAUUCUGAUUCAUCAUCAGGCCUUCUCACACGGUCAAUCAGCAGAAGGAAAACAGCGACACCGCAGUAGAAGAUCGCUUCUGUGAAAAACAGUAUGAGGAAAUCUGCAAAUAAAGGGGGAAAAAACAUUCUUUUCAUGAGACCUUGAAACAGUAAACAAGGGAACUAGGAAAGAGAAAGAAGUCAACUUUGUGCAACUAAUGGUGAGUUAAACCUUCAUGAAGAAGGAAUGAGAACUGCCAAUAAGUACUGGCCUUUAUCUCUGAGGAAUAUAUUUCAAUACGCCACUAAACUAGGCUAUAAUUUCUGAGCAAAAACAUUGUUUCCUCCAUAAAAUUCUCUAGCUACCAUCCUCUAAAUAACCAGAGUAUCACUCUUCAAGUUAAUGACCAAUAUCAUCUAUCAAAUUUAGACCUUAUCAGAAGGUACUGUGCUUCUCAUUUCCUAUUUCACCUUAGUCAGAUUGUAUGGAAUAAAAUAGCAUACUGGGAAAUUGACAUAAAGAACAAAUGAUAUCCAACAUCCAUGCAACUAAACAAUUAAAUUAAUCCUAAGAACAUCACUUAAACACUAAGCAAAUAAAAAUUCUUUCAUCCAGGCAUCUCAUCCUCCAUGGUAUCCAAAGAUGGAACCAACAGAAAUGGCCACGCUCCUUUUACUUUUCAAUGGAAGCAAACUGAAAAAGCGAAUUAUUAGAUCACCUCAUCAACAGAAACGAGUAUACCUGUGAGCAAAGAGUCCUCGAAUAUUAUGGAGAGUACUCUGCGCAAAUAGAUAGAAGGGAAAAUGAACGAAGCCACAAGGACAGCUGGACCAAGGAACCACAAUAGGCUGCUCUGAUUGUUUUGUGUAGAGCUAGAGGCAGAAACCGCAGCUUUUGGUUUAUAUUGAUGUCCAUUAAAUGAAACAAGACCCGGUUUUCCACCAGUUCCCUGAACAUCACUGAAUGAAGUGCUGGGGAUGGAUUUGGAUUCUGGAUUAGAAAGAGAGUGUUCUUGAUCGGUCACUUCAGGUUUAACCUCACCAUACUCUGACUGCUCUUGUGAAGUUGCAGAGAGCCUACUUCGGGUCCUCUUGACAUUUCUGUCAUUUUGCAGCCAGUAACUGAGAAAGGUUCUCGAGCUAACUGUUUGUAAGAAACAGGACAACAAUUAGAAGAUGCUCAGAAAUACAUAAAUGAAUUCAUCACUGUGCAAAAUCAUCAAGAAGAAAAAAAAAUUCACCAUCGUACAUUGAAAUUUAAUAGGCCUAAAAUUAAUAUCUUUGGACAGACUAACUAAAACCAGGUUAUUGCUUCAAUAGUCAAAUACCAAGCAUACACAAUUACACACUACUGAACACAAGUUCCAAAAAUGCUACCACGUAAAGCCUCACAUAGUCACAUAGAAGAGUUUGACAUAUUCAACAAUGGCAGUCGUCAUUGAAAUUCACCUGUAGCAUUUCGAUACUUCCGAGUUCCAAAGUGCAAGCUACCACAUGGUUCGGCUCCUGAGCUUAGCUGGACAAGAAAACACAAGUGUGAGAUAAAAUACUGGAAAACGU